UCUGGAAAGAAGCUCUAUGUGCCCAACAGUGAAAAGAUGCCUUUUUCCAAAGUGAAGGCUCUGUGUGCUGAGCUCCAGGCCACCGUGGCCACCCCCAAGAACGCCGAGGAGAACAAAGCCAUCAUGGACUUGGCCAAUGACCAUGCCUUCCUGGGCAUCACAGAUGAAGCGACCGAAGGCCAGUUUGUGUAUGUGACAGGAGGGAGGCUGACCUAUAGCAACUGGAAGAAGGAUGAGCCUAAUGACUUUGGCUCAGGGGAGGACUGUGUGAUCCUUCUAAAGGAUGGGAUCUGGAAUGCUGUCUCCUGCUCUUACUCCUUUGUGGCCGUCUGUGAAUUCCCAGCCUGAAGAGGCAGUUCCUCAACCCCUCCUUGGCUCUACU